AUGAACAAGAACAACAAAAACAUGUUCAAAUUAGCUAUUGUUAUCCUGGCGAUGUGUCUACUUGCCACACAUGCUGCUGUACUCAGACCAUCAGAUAAGGACUCUGAUGUGUUGGAAACAACUACAGUUUCAAUUGAUGGUCUGUCUACUACUGUGGAACCAGAGUUGACUACAAUUAAAUAUGAUGAUGAUCUCACUACCACGACAACAGAAAGAUUUGGUGCUAUCAGUAGAGAUGAGGAAGCAACCAUUUUGAUCGGUUAUCAAAAUUUAUUAGAUUCAGCACCAGCUGAGUUGAUUAGAACAGAGCCAGUAGAAGUGGAAAAAUCUGGUAGACUUUUGCUGUUAAGUACACCAAAAAUUGCAGAAAAACAAAAACAACCCGAAGAAAAUCUUGAGGAGUCUGAUGAGGAAAAUGAAGCAGUAGAAAAUGUGACCCAAAUUGCCAUAGAAACUACAACAGUGACCACAAAGAACGACGAGACUACAACCAUAUUAAACAUGGAUGACGAACAAACCACCAACAGUCAAAUGGACACAAUGGAUGAAAUAAAGUCAGAAGAUAUAGCAACAUUGGAAAGUAAUACAAAAGCUGAGGAGAAGCAAUCCACCGAAGCCUCAAUGUUGGUCUUAACACAUACAGAACAAAUAACAAAGUUAUAUCCCAUCAAUGAUACUCUCUACGCGGACAACAGUAAAAUGAGAGAAGCUGAAACUCAAAAAAGCUCUGCCACAAUUGUUGAUGAUCAGCCCAAAGAAACAUUAAAUUCAAAUUUUGGUUCCAUUGUCUUAGAGGAACCUGAAGCCGAUUAUGUUUUGGUGGAGUCGGAGGUCUUGGAAGGUUCGUAUACCGAUGUUGACAGUGAAUUACACUUGCAACCCAUUGUCCAAUCUGUAGAAAUUGUGCCUUCUAGUUUGGAUGAUACCUUACUAAUUAACUACGUACAAAGUUGGUAAUUCUGAUCCAAAGUAGAUGUGAUCAAAUUUCGUAUCUUAUGAUUUUCAUUUAUUAUAUUUUUGUUAUAAGUAUAUUGUAGUUUCAACAGUAUUUUAAUUUUUAUCUCUUAGUUAACGAAUAUUUAAAAAACAUCUUUAUUAGUUGUAUAAAAAUUUAAUAAAAUAAAAAACGAACAUAAAAAUUUGCAAA